CUGUGGUGUUUGAACCCAGCAUGCAAAAAGCAAACAUGAUGAAUCGAAAUGCCAACGAGACUGUCCAGUUCUUAUUUUCGAAAGUAAGGGAAUCGCUUCAUAAUUGUACUUUUCGCGAACGGUUGAACUUGCGCAACGAUGGCAACAAGGACAACGAGAAGGCGGCUCAGCUACGGUCCGCAGGGAAUAAAAUGGUACACCCGAAGGUGAAACGAUACAUCGAGGCCAUGAAGCUGUAUAACGAGUGCAUCGCUUUUUCGGCCAAAGGAUCGGAAGAAAGAUCGCUGGCAUACGGAAAUCGCUCGUUCAUUUGUCUAAAGAUGGAGCGCUUCGAGGACUGUUUGCAGAACAUCCGGCUGGCUCGUGAGUCGAACUAUCCGAAGCACUUGAGUGGAAAGCUGGAUGAACGCGAAAAGGAGGCCAAACAAGCUUUGUCCAAGGCCAGGAAUCAGAAUGCCUCCAAGGGUGUACGGUGGCCAUGUACUGUUCGGAGGAAUGUAUCAGCAAAGCGUACGGCAAGUACCAUCGAUAUGAGUGUGGCGUAUUAAGAGACCUGUGGACAGUUCUAGGCAUAAGCGGCGUGAUUGCUCUACGCAUGAUAGCAAUUGCGAUCACCACCUUCGAUAACGAUCUAGAGAAGUUGAAAGAUCAUCUGGAUGCAUUGGACGAGUCGAAGGUGGAUGGGUUUACGAUGGACUGGAAGAAAGCCACGCCACAGGACGUGUUCAACACGGUGCACGUGUUGUGCACCAAUCAAGAACGACGCAACAUCAAAGAACUUGCCGGGCUGACCUUUUUUACAGUUGUUAUGCACAAUCAUUUGCUGGAGUGGACCGAGCUGGGACCGGCCUGCGAGGCAAAUCCAACAGCAAGCAAGCUGUUACUUGAUUUGAUUCUGCGAUAUCUGCAAAUUACAGAAUGCAACUAUAAACUAUUGACAUGCAUUAAGAUCACGAAUCGAAAUCCCGAGGACGAAACAUUUGCUACGAGUUGCUACCCUUUGAUUAGCAUGCUGAACCAUUCAUGUGCUCCCAACGUGAGACGUCUCAUUUUACCCGAUGGCCGUUGCGCCGUGAUUGUCAUCCAUACAGUCGCUAAAGGAGGCCAACUGUUCGAUAAUUACGAAGUGGAUCACUGGACAAAGGAUCGGAAAAAGAGGCAAAUAAUUCUACCAUUCUUUUACCAGUUCCAAUGCACGUGCGAUGCUUGCAUUUAUGACUAUCCUUCAUCAAAAUGUGUUGAAGAAAGUAAUGAUGGUACAAAGGCAGCAUUUUUUAUUGAUUUUUUGCAAAUAUGUGGGGCAGCACAGUCUUUUGAUAAAAAGAAGCUAUUGAACAUGAUGUUAAAACUACGGUCGUUUCUGAAUGUAACGCCGCAACCGUAUGCAGAGCCUAUAGUUUGCAUAAAGCGAAUAGAGUUUGAAUGUACUGUCGUGACACUGUACGGUCAGAUUUCAGAAAGUGUUAAGUAUUGGAAGUACUGUGAACCGUAAUAGGGGUGCCACAAAUAAUUACUAAAUCGAGUUAAAGAUUUCGAGGACACAGAUGUGCGCAUUUCCUAACACACAGAGCUACCGGGAAUUGUUUAGCGCGAAACGAAAAUAUUAUGAAUUUCAAUCAACUAUGGCACGAUUGAUAACUGUUGUGUAGCACACAACAUUAGAUACAAUACUAUUCAAUAAACUAAAAUCUUUUGGACUGGUCACCAGUAGCGUCGUGUAAAAUAGCUACAGUAGAACGUCGAUUAUCCGGGAAGCUCGGACCGGAGGAUUGCCGAUUAAUCGGUUUC